GCUACAAUUUGACAACUGACAAGUAGAAAACAAGAAAUUUUUGGAGUGCGAUUUGAAGCUCGGAAAUAAUUUAAAAUGACAGUACAACAAGUCCAGUCGAAUAUUUCUGACGACUCGGAUGAUAUGGUUAGUUUGCCGUCCGAGGAGGAAACCUAUAGGCGUAAAUAUCAAAUGCUUUUGGAACGAUGUGAAGUGCUACAGCAGGAUAACGAACGAAUCGUUAAUAGGAUACACGAAGUGAAAAAAAUCACAAGAAGGUACAAGAAAGACAUCGACUUAUUAGUCGAGCGCCUCGACAAACAUGGAGAUGCCUUUAGGACUGCUUCAUUGGAGAUUGAUACGAAACCAGAAGUAGUGGAAAAAGCACCGCGAACGAGUACAAAAAAUGUCACAGGAGCCAAACAACCUUCAGACAAAACUCAGUCUAACAGCACAAAAAAACCAGCCACAAAAAGAAAAACUAAAGCUGAAAAGCCUGAAAGAGAUCCAAAUGCUCCAAAGAAACCAUGCAAUGCAUUCUUCCAAUUCUGUCAGGAACAAAGGCCAGUUGUAGUCGCUGAAACCACAACAGAAAUGGGCUCGGAACCUUCAAAACAGGAAAUAACUAGACAGUUGGCAUCCAGAUGGAGAUCACUAAAUAACGAAGAGAAGAGGGUAUAUGUUGCUAUGUUUGAGAGAUCAAAGGAAAAAUAUGUAGAAGAAAUGUCUGCAUACAUAAAAAAAGAACAAUGAAACAUGAAAAUUAUCCAUUCCUUUGUGAUCAUAAGCUUUAAGUUAAUUAUAACUAAUAUAGUGUUUUCUAUUA